AUGUUUGUAAAUGUCUUUGAUCUUCAGAAUGUGUCCCUCGAGUAUUUCCGAUGCUACUGUGGAUAUGACUUGUACGGUCUUAAGAUUCCGGAAUCAGAGUGUUAUCGAACUUGUUAUCCAGGUGACUGGCCGUGUGGAAGACACAACGGAUACUUAAGCGUCUAUAGAAACGAAGACUGUUUUUCUUUGCCCACAAUUCUGAAUGGAGCAUACACUCUUUUUAACACAACAAAUACCACGUACGGAUCGCUAGCAAGUGUGACAUGUGAUGCUGGAUAUGAAUCGAACGUUAGCCAGAUUAUGUGUCAGCGAAAUGCUUCUUGGGAAACAGCAAACUGCGUUUUAAAAGACUGUGGCCCCAUUCCCAGAACUUUCAAAGGAAUGUUCACUCUUUUAAACGCUUCAAAAACCACGUACGGAUCGCUAGCAAAUGUAACAUGUGACGCCGGAUAUGAAUCGAAUGUUAGACACAUAAAGUGUCAGGAAAAUAUGACUUGGGAACCAGCAUUUUGCAGCCCAAAAGAUAGUAGGCCGUUUGGAGGUGCAGGACUACUCUCUAGCGCCAAUAGUAUCGAAGGUUGUGUGUUACCCCCUAAAACUCUGAAUGGAUUGUACACUCUUCUGAACACAAAGAACACCUCGUACGGAUCGCUGGCAAAAGUGACAUGUAAUGCUGGAUAUGAGUCAAAUGUAAGCCAGAUUAUGUGCCAAGCAAAUGCUACGUGGCAAACAGCAAUUUGCAACCCAAAAGACUGUGGUUCCAUUCCCACAAUUCUACAUGGAGUAUACACUCUUUCGUACACAACAAGCACCACGUACGGAUCGCAAGCAAAUGUGACAUGUAAUGCUGGAUAUGAAUCGAACGUUAAUCAGAUUAUGUGUCAGGCAAAUGCGAUUUGGGAGACAGCAAACUGCGUUUUAAGAGACUGUGGCCCCAUUCCUAGAACUUUCAAAGGAAUGUUCACUCUUUUAAACGCUUCAAACACCACGUACGGAUCGCUAGCAAAUGUAACAUGUGACGCCGGAUAUGAAUCUAAUGUUAGACACAUAAAGUGUCAGGAAAAUAGGACGUGGGAACCAGCAUUUUGCAGCCCAAAAGCCGAUGAAAAUAAAGAGCAAUCGUCGACAAUUAUAUGGAUUCCAACUACGUUAGGGUUAUGUCUGCUAAUAGUUGGCUCCACCACCACUGCUUGUUUGUGUCUCCGAAGGAAGAAAAAGAAGAGGGCCCAAGAAGACAUUGAACAGUAA